AACCUUCCAUCAUCUGCACUCAGAAUCCUUUCCUCCUCCUUCCCGUCUUCGUCGAGCAUGCCGCGAGCCCCCAAGAGUGCCGACCGCAGCUCCCCACUGGACCUUGAGCAGCGGCGCCAGCGUCGACGAGAGUAUCGUCAGCGCUAUGAGCAUGCUCGCAAGCUGAAUGGCAUGCGCGGCCACCCCGUCAACCUGAAGCCGCAGCAACGCCAGCAUUUUGAACGCAAGGCCAAUAGCAACGGUGGCGAAAGCCCAGAGAGCUACUCGAACCAGCUCGAGAAUCUGCUCGACCAGUUUGUGCAGAUCCAGACGGCCUCGGUCCGCUACCGCUUUACCGACAUCUCGCUCAAGAAAAUCCGCCAAGACCCCACCGACCAGCCCGAGACCGAGGACAGCAAGAAGCCGUGGCGCCUGUGGCUCAAGUCCUCGGUCCUCCAGAAACUCACCCUCCUCAAGAAACACUGCUCCCCACCCGUGGGCUCGUGCCAGAACAAGUACAAAAUCACAUACUCUGAGUUUGUCGAGCUGCUCAUCGAGUUCAGAAAAUACGGCGUUGACGAGUCCGUGAGGGUGCGGCUUCUCGAACCCCUCCCGGACGACACCCCCGAUUUCGUCACCGAGUAUGAAGCCAUCAUCCCGACCGGGCCUUCCGACACCAUGAUCGACCCCAGCGCCGGUGGCACCCAGCUCUUCUUGGCCGAGACAGAGGUCGAUAUCGGCAUUGCUCCUCCGUCUCCGCGGACCAGCCCCACCACCGCCGACUCCAAGCCCAUCUCCAACCGCGAAUCCUCCGUCAGCUCUUCCACCAGUACCAUUUCGUUUCCACAUUCAAAUACCCCCCUGUCGCCCCAGUACUCGCCAUAUCCCUCCGUCUCUGCCCACUUUCCAUCUGCCGCAGCCACAUCUCCCUUCUACCACCCCGCCCCUGCCUCGACUCUGCCAGCUGGGUUUCAGCUCUCCGAAUAUCCCGUUCCCUUUUUUCCUACCACCACCGCCGCCGCUGCUGCCGCCGCCACAACUGGCGCAUCCCCUGCCCUCAGCCUCUACUCCCACCUCAACACUCCUCUAUUCCACGAGUCACCCCACGACCACGCAGUGGGAUGGACCGAUUCGUUCGCCUAUGCUGCCCCCACCCACAGCGUGGCUCCCACGCCCUUUCUCCCCCCCGAGCUCUCCUCUGGGGCCCUUGACUCGGACUAUGUUGCCGCCUUCUCGGCCGCUACCAAGGCUCAGUCCAUCCCGUCCUUUGCACUCGUCUCGGGCCUCGCCAGCACCAAAGCCUCCGUUCCCUCCCACAUCAUGACCCCGCACAUCACGGCCGAAACCGUGUCGGACAUCACCAAUGCUCACCUCUUCAAGGACAUGCAGCCUGUCCACUUGGUCUCUCUCGGGCACCCCAGCCCCAUCGACCAGUCGCACUUCACCUCGGUUUACUCGGGCGAUUACCCCGACACUCACCACACGCUCUAUCCUUCCCAGGAAGAUGUCUUCUCGUCCGGCGAAGUCUUUCUCGGUGGCCUGCCCGUCGAUCAGCUGAACAACCCCAUUGACUAUGGCGACGAGUUCCCGAGCUUUGUCGAGCCGAGCGACAGCACUGGCAACACGUACAUGGCCAUGAGCCAUUCGGGAUCCACCAACUUGGGCCUGGACCCCAACAGAUACAUUAACGGCCUUGAUCCCCUGCAAUCGGGACUGCCGGCUUUUUCGAUCCCCGCUGGUUUUGCGGCCAUGGGCUCUUCCUACUGCCCCCCGUCAACCUGCUUCGACAAAAACCCCCAGUCCAAGACUUUGGCGCAAUCACGAGUUGCUCGCCAGCAGCCUGCAAAGGCAAAUGCCGUCGACACAGCCGCGCCGCGACAAAAGCCCGAGAUCCCCAAGAUCCCCGAGGCCUCCAAGGCCUCUGAGCGAUCCAAGGGUGGCGAGCGGCCCAAGAUUUCCGAGCGCACCAAGCCUGUCGAGCCACCAAAGGCUGCGCGGUCCAAGGUCUCGCUCAAGUUGGAUGCCAAGGGCCAAGUGGUUGAGCGCCGCCCGGGCCUUGCUACCAAGCCUGGCCAGAAGAGUCUGCCCGUUGUCUCCAAGAGUCCCAAGAGGGAGGUCCGCCGUGAGCGCUCGACGCCCCUGUCUCCUUCCGCACAAAGCCCCUCAACUGACGAGAAGCCUGCCCCUCCCCCUGUCUCUACUGCCCCCGCCGCCGGGAGCGAAGACGCCCUCGUCGCCCAGAUCCAAGCCUUGUCCAUCGAUAGCUCCAAGCAGGUCUCCCCGACCACCGAGAGCACCUCCUCGUACGAGCUCAUCAUGGACUAUCUGACCGUUCUGACACCCAAGGAUGUUGGCGACAACAAGAACUGUGUCAUCCGGGACCACGAAAAGUACUUUGCCGUCUAUGAGUCGAUUAUUGCAAAGAUUACGAUGCUGCGGAAACUCCGCACUGUCACCGAGGCCGAGAUUGCAGAAUGCUUGGCCGACUGGAUCAUCAUCCUGAUGGAGACGUUCAACGAGUCAAGCGAGGUUCUCGAGCCUUUCAAGUUCUUGCUCUACCAGAUGAGUCGGAUUGAUAUGGUCCGACCCAGCCUCGUGAGCUCGUUUGUCGAAGAGUCCAGGACCCACGAGCCGGAGGAUGCUCCCCAGAGAGGACUGCUGUCGCCCCAGUGCAUCCAGCGAGUAGCUUCACCCGCGUGCUCGGACUGCACGUCGCCCCCGCCCGUCACCUACGGCUUCAGCGAGGACGACUGAUCUGAUCCCGUCCGAUCCAGUCCGAUCCAGUCUGAUAUGGCCUGAUGUGUGCCGGGCGAUCCCCCACAUGCGCUGUGCGCUUGUGUUUGGUCCGGCUUCCCCCUGUGAUUCUGUCUGCCCGUCUGUGCAGUGGGUCUCCCUGUUUUUUUUUCUCCUUUGGCCUUUCUGGAUCGAUUCCGAUGCGCUCAAACCCAUCGGUGCGCAUGGCUCUCAGCCAGUCUGUAGCCAAUUCGUCCAACUGUCGUCGCCUGGAGCCCCCACCCAUCUUUUUUGUACCUUUCCUUCCUCCCCCCCUCACUCACUACUACUACCACCUCCACCACCCGUCGCCGCUGCGAUCGUAGCGUCCUGAAGUUAUAUGGAUUGAAACAAUACAGCAUUCUCUUGUGACAAAA